AUGUUGGAGCAGCUGCUGAUCUUUACGAGAGGAGGUCUCAUUCUAUGGACGUGUAAGGAGCUCGGGAACGCCCUCAGGGGCUCUCCAAUCGACGCACUCAUCCGAUCCUGCCUUCUUGAGGAGCGAUCAGCUGACGCUGCCUUCAACUACGACGCACCCGGAGCCGCAGCCUACACGCUUAAGUGGACCUUCCACAACGAGCUCGGCCUUGUGUUUGUCGCCGUUUACCAGCGGAUCCUCCAUCUACUUUAUGUGGAUGAGCUUCUCUCCGCCGUGCGUCGUGAGUUCUCGCAGAUUUAUGAUCCUAAGCGUACUGCAUAUGAUGAGUUCGAUGAGAUUUUCCGCCAGCUUCACAAGGAGGCAGAGGCACGAGCGGAGGAGAUGAGAAAGUUAAAGCAGGCCGGAAAGGCGCCUCCUUUAUUGGGAAAGAAGCAGGUCCAAAGUGCUGCGCAGAGAGGUGCACAUCAGGGUGGUGGAAAGCAGAGUGGUGGUAAUAGUGAUUCUGUGAAUGAUGAAGAUGAUGGUGACUCAGAGAAACGGCAUGGGUUAGUGAAUAAUAGCUCUAAUGGACACCAAAAUGGGAUCAAGUUACGUGCUCCUAGCGCCAUUAAGGGGAAGGAGAAUGGACUGCCCCGUUCUGGUGCUUUUGAUGUAAGUAAAUUACAGAAACUGCGCGCCAAAGGUGCCAAGAAGAAUGCUGCCGGAGGAGCUAGUAAAGCUUCUAAGGAGGAGCCAAAGAAGAAUGUAAAAAAGAACAGGGUUUGGGAUGAUUCACCUUCUGAGUCGAAGUUGGAUUUUACUGAUCCUGGUGAUGAGAGAGGAGAUGGUGUCUUAGAGGUUGUGGCAGCUGAUCAGGGUGAAAGCAUGAUGGACAAGGAAGAGAUUGUGAGCAGCGAAAGUGAGGAUGAUGAUGGUGACGAAUUUAAGAGUGCCAAAGCCAGUGUGAAGAAGAAGAGCUGGUUCUCAUCUAUGUUCCAGAGGUACUUAAUCUAUUUUCCAUCUCUGAUGGCUUUUCGGUUAUGUGCGUAA